UCUUUUCAUGUUUUUAAGGUAUUUAAUGAACAAAUUACGACGUUUGAAAAUAUACCUCCUUUAAGGAGAGAAGUCGUUGUCUACGAAAAUGGAAAUUAUCUUUACCGAGCUGUUGCUCUCUGAAAGGAUGAAAUAAGCGAUGAAAAACAUGAGGAAAUCCCUCGUUCAAGUGAUAGUUUGUUUGAGAAAAAUCCAAAGGUCUCUGAGCUGCAACUUUUCUUCUCGAACUCCUCGAAGGAUCUUGUCUGGAAAAGCAAGAUCACGGGAAUUCCGGCAGAAAUUGUGGAUAUAUCAUCGGUUGUGCCGGCAUUGCUCCUUAAGGGACCAAUUUGUAUCAGUCAUCGUCACAGAAGGAAGGGUUCAGUUUUGCGCCGAGAAUUAACGCUGAUUCGUUCGCAUUCAUCACAACAGAGAAGCAGUGUAGGUGAUUCGGCACUUUAAUGUACCGCAAUAUUUAAAAAAAGGUGCUAAAAAUAAGUUUUGCGAGUUGAUUGAUCGGUUAGUUCUUUUUGUGUAAUCUUCGGGAGUAGUGAUUAGAAGAAUAUAGAUUGUGUUCGAAUACUUUUGUGUCUUCAGUGUCUCUAGGAAUACUGGAAACAAGUGACAGGGCAACUACGAAAAUUCCUCACAGUACUUUGCAUUUUUUUGAUGAUGAUUUAUGCGAGAAUUUGAUGUUUUGUGACAAGCAAUUCCCAAUUAAUGUGAGUAUGGACGGAAGUUAUUCCUUGUAACAAUAAAAACUCUAUUAAAAUGAAAAUAAGCACAUCGACACUGAAGUUCGCCUGUAUACAGCUGUUUGCGAGCCAGCUUCAUAAACAUUUCAAUAAAUUACAAAGGCCACAGAUCGCUUUUUUUUCGAUUGAAAUACCGGCAUCACAUGUCGAUCGAAUGACACGAGCUCCCUGAAAUUGUCUCCUAGAAUACGGUUACGAAGAAUUUCCUACUCUUGUUGUAUACAACACUCUGUAGAGCCAGGUGUAAUCCAACGUUUGUUUAAGAUCAUAAGUUCAGGGAUCAAUGAAGCUCGGUUUAGAGUCAAUAAUUUAUUUUCUAGUCCUCCUGGCAUAUGUUCUUCAAGUGGGUAAGUGAACAGCUUUAAUUUUAGCGUCUCCAUGUUCUAUAUAUUUUCUAUGUGAAGAAGUAAGAGCCCGCUUAAAUAAAAACACUUAUGAUCAAACUCAGCAUGUGUGGAGAAGUUAAUUUCCCGAAAAGCAGAUCACCGACCUUUACAAAAUAUACUAACAAAAAUAACCCGGAAAAAUAAAUACAAAGAUACGACGAGACAAAGCACUUAUUAAAUGUUGCGAGAAAUAUAAGAAACACAAGUUACUCGCACAAUCGGGGUUUAAACAGGACAAAAAAGAACACUCACUUUGCAAGGAGGGCAUGAGACACUGGGAAGUUGAAAUUUUGACGUUCUUGAUAAAUUUCACACUUAGUUAUCAGCAUGUCGUCCAUUUCAAAGGGCAACGACACAAGUGACAUUUGAUAUCACUUACCUUUCCUAAAAUUCUAUAAUCAGCUAUGCUGUAAAAGAGCAAAACCCUUUCUUUAUCACAACUUAUGUAAAAAUUUUCGCUUUCGUGUACAAUCACCAGAAAGCAAACAACAAGAAGUACAGCCUCUCUCCUUCCUGUCUCACAGAGUUUUACAGGAACUGAUCUAAAUAGAAAUUUUUGUUCUGUAGCUCUUGCUAUUCAUUGCUUCAAGUGCAAAUCAGAAACGUCAUGGUCGGAAUGCGAUCUUCGUGUGAAUCAAGAAGCCAAUCGAGACUGCCCAGCGGAAAAGAUCCGAUGUAUAGCUGUGAAGGAAAGGAAAAAUCCAAGAGAACGGGAGGAAUACAGGAAAGACUGCGCUGGCCGUCUUGAAAAUCCGUGUCAUGAAAAACGUGUAGAGGAUUGUAGGUCCACCUUAUGUGAUACUGACCUAUGUAACUUUGCUCUCACCCCAUCAGCCACCCUCAUUGCUUCUGGCUUCCGCUGCUUCCGUUGUAUAAGCGAGAAAUCUUGGGACGACUGCGUUGAAAAAGCUCAAGAGAUCAUCUGCGAAACAGGCUACAGAAAGUGCUACAAACUAGAGUUUAAGAAGGAAAACGGCGUCACUGAAUACAUAAAAGACUGCACUGUUCCUCUGGCCUGUGGAAACUCGUCAAUCAAUAUGCCUCAAGCCGAACGUCGCAACAUUAAGUGCUGUGGCCAACAUCUAUGCAACGGGGCGAGUAUCAAGAGCUCCCCUGUGGCAAUAUUUGGUCUUCUUCUCCUUGUCAUUGUGGUAUUCCUUUUUGAUGUCCAAAACGAUUUGUUGGUAAUCAGGAUCCCCUUAACCCUUUAACUCCCAGAAGUGAUUUAUUUGUAACUUCUCCCUACAAUAUACGCACAUUAUCCAACCAACAGAUAAUGAGAACAGUCAGACUUAUCAGAAAGAAGUUAUCUUGAUCUAACACCAAACUCUCAGAACUUAUUUUCAAGGAUAUGUGUACCAGUUAGAGGGAAGAAUUAACAAUCAGAUCUUGGGAGUUAAAGGGUUAAAGUCCUAGAUAGAAGCAGUAGAGAUAUAGAUGUCAUAAUGUGUAAUCAACUAAGCAGGAAGGGAUAGACAGUUCCCUACCACAGUAUUGUGCCUCCCUAAUAUUUAUGGCUAUGAAGGCUUUGUCAAAUGUGUAAUUCUCAAUAUAAAGUUAACCAGUUUGCACUCCUGUGGUGCUUAAGAAUAAAAACAGCUUCGGGAAUUGUAAAGACGCUGCUGUAAGCUGACAUUUGGUUAGCCCUCUCUUAGAGACCUCAAACGUUUAGCACCGCUCAAGGUGUCAGCUUCCCAAGAUUCCUUCCCAGUGAUCGACUGAAUGUUUCUCUUGUCCGCCUACACUUUCUUUAAAAAGCUAAUAUCGGAGUGGAAACAAAUGUCAGCGUCAAAGAAGCUGCAAUGAAUCAAUAUCAUUGCAGUCCCUCAGGUGUGGAGUUCGUUUCUUGAUUGGAUAUUUCUCAAAAAGGAAACAAGUUUUAUUAUCAAUUAUUUAAUUUGAAUAACAACAGUGUGUUACAUGACAGUCACAAUGUCUUUUGGGCGUGAUGAACCUCGGUUUAUUUUUUUUAAGGAGCUUAAUCGGCAGUAAGUUGUUCACGGGGCUUCUUAAACCAAGCUGCGGCUUGUAAAAGCAAAAAAAAAAGUUAGUAAAGGCCCAUUUCUGAAAUCUUCAUGUCUUUGACGCAUUUCAGGUAGUGCAAGUAAUUUCUUAUUAGAGCGUGGGUAUUUAAAAUCUGGAUUCAACAGCUGACAGCUCCCAACUCAUCUUCUCAGCGUGUUGCUCUAAAUUUACUAAAAACAUUGUCUGUGCUCAGGCUCCAUGACAUGUUGGUUAGGGUGCACACUUUAAAACCAAGUAUUGUUAAUCAUUUAAUCUCAGGAAUCUGAUAAAAACAGAUCAAUUUAGCAAUUCCACUUUGGAGAAAUUAACUCGUUUUUAUCAUAUGACCCAUUUGGCUCCGCGUGCACUUUCAUUGCAAAACAUCAUACAGAAAAAUCCUCGUAUAGAGGUACGUGCGCGUUAGCGCAAGAAGGGCCGGAAAACGCCACUCAGCCCAACGUGCAGCCCCACACGCUGUCUAAAUUAGAUCGGUCCGAAAGGGAAGAUAUUUAACUCUUGGUUGUGAAGUACGAACUUCGCUGCGCUUAGGUCCGUACGUCAUGAUCUCGAGCCACUAAUUUGCGUUUGGCCUUGUCAAUCAGUCAAAAAGUAGAUUAAAAUGUCCGUUACAUAAAUAAACAUGUUAUAUAUAAAUAGGCCAGAUGUGAAAUAUUCUUUUAUUUUAAAAGAAUAUUUAUUUUAUAAGGCGUUCUUCUUACCUCCUAUCAUAUUUCUCUUGAACAUGACACUGAAAAAAAUUCCCUUUCAUACUCAGUCUCACUAAUAAAAUAAGAAAUGCCUGGAAAGUGAAAGUGGAAUGUAAAAUGACAAAUCGUUUGGGCGCUCAUGAAGGGUUUGGUCGGGAGUCAAUAGUUCUUUCCACCGUCCCGAUGAUGGUUAACGCAGCUACAAUUUGAAUGCAGGGAAAUUCUGAAAUAACGUGGUUGAGAACAGAAAAUAUUCCUUUCAUCGAUGACACAUGCUCGAAAUGAAAAUUUACAAACCGACGCUCGACUUCUCUUGCAAACAGCUGUUUGAGAGCUAAGAUGAUCAACUGACUUGAUAAUUUGAAUUGGUCCCUGUAAAGUGAUUCUAAAGCUGACGUUUAGAAUAUUAGCCAUUUGUCAGAGCUGAAGUAGGACUACCGCUCGAAAUGUCAGCUUCAGAAUCUCUUUACGGUGGCCAUUUCACUUUAUCAAGUCAGUUGAUGAAACCAAUUUGUCUUGAACUACCCCCGAACCAGCUUCGUAAACAUCACAAAGGCCACAGACUGCCAUUUUAGAUCGAUGUACCGGCACCACAUGUCGAAUGAAUGACGUAAACCCCCCUUCGUCUUCUAAAUUACUGGUACGCUCCGUGUUUUACUCUUGUUGUAUACAACACUCUGCUCAUUCAAGUGUCAUUCAACUUUUGUGUAUGAUCCUAACCUCUGGGAUCAAUGAAGCCCGAUUUACAGUCAAUAAUUUAUUUUCUAGUCCUCCUGGCAUACGUUCUUCGAGUCGGUAAGUUUACAGUUUUAUUUUUAGCGUCUCCAUGUUCUCUAUUUAUUGUUGCCACGCUUCUAAUUUUCGAAAGAGAUGCUUUACAAGCCAAAUACUUCGAGUCAUUUUCGACGACCUCUCACCAUCAGUUCAAUGAAAUACAAAAUAGAAAAGAAGAAUCCAUUAAGGAACAGGUCUAGAUGAAAUUGGAUUCAAAAACGUGGAAAAUUCAUGUUAACUAUUUCUCGACGCAAACGCUUCUUCGUGUUUCAACAAAAAAGAUUAAAGCAAAUCGACAAAUAAGUUUGGAGAAACGGUAAUCAUAGUGAUGAUCUAUGUCAAGAUCUCUUAGUCGCGGAAAUUUUCAUCAUUGUCCUGGUCAGUUGCAUGACGAUCUAACUCAGUAACUUUAAUAGAAUUUUGAAUUAAAAUAUCACAAAAGCCAGAUGAGCAUCUGAUUCUGGUUCAUUGAGCGAACUAUUUUCGGUGGUACAAGGAAAGUCGUCCGGUGUAUUUAUAUUUGUAUGUUCCUCCACUCCAGUAUGUUAAUAUAUAUGUGCAAUAAUUAGUAUGUAGUAAAUAAUUUAUCUACCGAUGAGUUAUCUAUGUAUUUAGAAUGGAAUGGAAAGGGGCAUAUCUAAUGAGGAAAAUAAUGUUGUGCCCCUUAAAGAUCCUGAUGAUAGGAAAUACUCGCUCAAAGAAAUGUAAGAGAGGAGAAAGAGUAAUAUCGAAAUAUAUAGAGAAAAAUACAUGGGCGCGCGUAGAUAUGCGCUGUGCUCACUCGUGAGCUAUCGAGUUAAACACUCGAAGAGAAAUUCCAUAUCUACAAGCAACCAUGUAUUAUUUUGUUUAUCAUAUAAACACAAUAGCCCUUUAAUGGGAAGACAAGCCGACUUCAUCAAUGAAUGAAAAUAAAUGAAUCGACAAUCCUCGAAUAACAAUCGUAGAGUGCAUUGGCGCUGACUCUUAAGAUGGAAAAGGGCGUUGAAUCCCUAUUACAAAAACAACAAUGGUCGUAAUUUUCAAUUUAUAAAAUUCUCAUUUAUGGACUUUGUCCUUACCGACAGAAGAAUUCUUUCAGUUAAACGGCCAAAAUCGGCCAGAGGCAAAUCUUCCAGUUAUCGAUUUUCAUUCUCAGCCGUCAGAAAUGCUAACACCAAAGCCACUGAAUACGCAAAAACUUUCGGUUUUCCUUUUACUAUAUUGGUUCUCUACCCUUUCUAGGAAAGUUUGAACAUCGUUGUCUGUCAGCAAUACGGAUUUUUUUAGUGUCUUAGCCGCCAUAAUUCGAGAAAGCUCCGACAAACAACUUGUAUUGAGAAUCGUGAAGGUUUUGCCGUUCAUUCAUCAACCUGACCGAGUGGCGCCAAAGGCGAGUGACGUUAAGCAGCUGAUUGGUUAUAUCAACACACGUGAAAAAAUUCGAUAUUUUUUCGCCAGUGUUGUUAUGGCUUUUCUCAGGGCCGGAAAUCCCUGUAUAACACCGCAGUUUAUGUGAUAAAUAUAUAUACAUACAGUCAGUGUUGAGCUAUAAAUAGUAAUUUAAAAGUGCCUUGAGCCUUUUGAACAAUUAUUUAGUUGAUUUUUCUCAAAUUGCUUGAGGAAUACUUUUCCAAAAGUUUCUACCGAUACUUGAUGGACAAAAUCUCAUGUGAUAUGACGGUAUUGCCAGUUGAUUUAAGGAUACAUUGCGGGUGUUAUAAUCAUGUAGCUCAGAUACUAAAGAAAUAUUUAGGCUGAAAAAAUUGUCGUUAUUAAGAUAUUCAUAAAACAGCAAGCAUGUUUGAAGUUUAACAAUAUUGGGAAGUUUCACUAAACCAAGAGAUGCGUAUUUAAAGGCAUAUCAUUAAUAUACGAACAAAUUUGCUCUACAAUUUAAUAACUCAAGAUAGAGGAGCACAAUAAUUAUAAAACCCGUAUCAUUGUACACAGUACAACCAUAUUUAAGAUCAGGAUAGAUAAGGGAAUAAGAAAUACUCGCUGAUACGUAAUGCUUCAACUUUGUCAAAAGGUUAAGAUUUUUGCUAAUUUUGCCACAGAAAUAAUCAAUGUGGUCAUGCAAAGUAAGAUGAUGUGUGUGCUAAUGAAAAGAUCGCAACUGCUGCCAAUCACAUGUCACCAAAUAUUACAUGUAUGAAAGUUUUGCACUUAUAUUUUCGGUUUAAAUUCGAAAAAAGAUUUAAUUUGAAACCUUUUAUCUCCCUGUUUAUCUCCCGACAUACAAUUGUCUCACAAUUGUGAUUACCAAAGACUAACAGAAAAGCUAAUUGGUAACAUUUAGUCUGGUACCCGCCGACCUUCGACGGCCAGGCGGUUGUACAUUCAGUUACACGGUAGGAUCUGGGCACGGGAUUAUGGGGCAUCUUGAUAACGCACUUGAACGUGAGCUUUGAUGAACAGCUAGACAAUGUCCAAGGACAAUAAUACGAGCACUUUUCGCGCCAAGUAGAGGCUACUGUUUUUAUCAUCCCUCAAAUAUUUCUGUAGAACGCGGGCCAAGUGCUUACGAACAGCUUCCUUUUUAUUGUGUUAGGUGUUCACUUAAUGAACAAGAAGAUAAGUUCCUUCCUCUACAACCGAACAAGAAAAACGCUCUCUCAUUUUGAAUUAAAACUUAAAAGAGGACUUUCAUCUUACUAAGGGUAAAUUCCGAAAAAUUGGGGGAUAUCACUAACAGAAUGUCACCGCAUACUUCGCGGGCUUAGCUUAUUCGGUCACGUGACGCAUUUAUACCAAUCGCGCCGGAGCAAAAAUAUUUGAUUGAUAUAAUGCAAAUUAUUCUCAAUCCAGUUUACUACCAGCUGUAAGCAGACCCCAAGAAGUUCCAUUUUUGAUGCUAGUUAUUAGUGAGUUGAAAUGAGUCCCACUUCAGCAGCCAACGACACAAGUUUACAAUAAAAUAACUAUACUCUCCUAAAAUUCUAAUAUCAGCUCCUCAGAAGAAAAGCAGAGUAUUUCUUUAUCACAGUUCACUUUCGUGAACAAACGCCUGAGAGCUGACGAUAGAAAGUACAGCCUCUCUCCUUCAUGUCUCACAGAGUUGUACAGGAACUGAUCUAGGUGGAAAUUUUUGUUUUGCAGUUCUUGCUCUUAGAUGCUUUAAGUGCGAAUCCGACAUUUCAUGGAUGGAUUGCGAUCUCGAUGAGGGCAAAUCAAUGGAAGAAUGCCCUGUGGAGGAAAUCCGAUGUUCGUCUACGAUGGUGAGGCCGAAUCCAAGAGACAAAUUAAACUAUAAGAAAGGCUGUGCUGACCGUCUUCACAAUCCGUGCCAUGAAAAACGCGUUGAGGAUUGUAGAUCCACCUUAUGUGAUAGUGACCUGUGUAACUUUGCUCUCACCCCAUCAGCCACCCUCAUUGCUUCUGGCUUCCGCUGCUUCCGUUGUAACAGCACGAAAUCUUGGAACGACUGCGUUGACAAAGCAGAAGAGAUCUUCUGCAACACAGGCUACAGAAAGUGUUUCAAAUGGGAGUUUAAGCGGGAGGACGGCGUCACUGAAUAUUUAAAAGGCUGCACUGUCCCCCAAACCAACUUGUCCGUCAGUAACACGCUUGAAAUCGAUCGUCGUGAUAUGCACUUGUGUGGUCAACAUCUUUGCAACGAAGCGAUUAUGAUGGGCCCUCCGAUGGUAACAUUCGGUCCUCUUUUCCUUGUCAUUGUGGUAUUCCUUUUUGAUUCCAAAAGUAUUUGUUAG